AUGCUUAGGCUGAAUAUUUUCACCGAUGUUCUUGCUCUGACGAAGCAUGAGACUGUCAUUUCACCUUAUAAAAACGGCACCAUACAGAUCACGGCAAGGGUUCUGACAGCAGACGCGCCAGCCACCAUAGUGAUACCGCCCGACGCUUCGGGUGCAAUAUCCAUCUAUGCCGCUAUUCUAGACCAGCCUGUCACUGUAACUACUGGUUCCGACACAUUGAAACUUGAUCUGGGUCCCAAAUCCGAGUUUAUUGGUGUUUCCAUCGGCUUCUCCAAUGGCAAGCUGGAGCAUGAAUACGAGAAGAAAUACCCGUCCACCUCAAGCGAUGACCUAAAGGCAAGCCUGAACACGCAACUACGUAUUGCUCUUGUCCAAUUCUGGAAGAACAUAUCCAUUUCUGUCUCGCUGAGCUCGUACGUAGCUACAAUGACGACUAAUCAAGAAUACUUUAAUCUGCUCAACACGCAGGCGGUGGCAGUAGGCCAACAACUCGCCGGACAAGCCAUGGCAGGACCGGACAUGAGCUAUGCCCCUGUUUUAGUCCUGGAUAGAUAUAAAGAGUCUACGCAGCAGGCACUCAAUGCCGCCACCGCUUUCGAGACCCAGUUUGAGCGGUUCCAAGACAAGAAGGAGUCUUUGGAAGUCCACAAGCAGGCUUGGAAUACCAUGCUCGCACAGGCUAGAAAUGAGAAUUCCAUGCGCGUCAAUCUUCGCAACCUGGCGCUGGAUAAGUACAAAUCAGCUCGUCAGACCGCCUUGAGCUGUGAAGCCCAGUUUAAAGAGGACGACUUUGCGUUGGAAAUCCUCAGGAUUCGUUUCGAGAAUGGGCUCCAGAAGUGGAAAGAUGAGCAGGAGUUGAAGGCCGUGCUUCAAAUCCUCAUGGCAGCCGCUUCUUUUGCAUUGAAUAUUGCAACGCUUUGCAUGGGCAACCCUGGAGGCGGUGGUGGCGCCGCAGACGCUGUAGGCAAAGCCGUCGACGCAGUCAAAGCAGCAGAGGGCAUCAUUGGUCAAAUCGGCAAAGUCUUGAGAUCCGACACGUUUCAGAAGUUAGCCGAGUGUGUUGAGGCACUGUUGGCAUUGUAUCCCAUCAUAGAGUCCGUUGUGGAUGCGGUUGGCCAGUUUGAGCUCGAUCCGUCCGUGGAGAUUCCAUCUCUGGAGACCAUCACUGGCACCAGCCAGGGUGAUGCGAAUGCCGCGGCUAUUGUCACAAUGGCUGCGUGGGAUAAAUGGAUUCUCGAGUCAGAUGAGCAGAUGGAAUUCGCUGUCAGCGAGGGUAUUGACUCUGCCAGCGACUACAGACUCGCGCUGCGGAAGCAUGCCAUCAACGGGAAGCAGCUGACUCAGGCCCAUGCUGAGAGCGUGAAGGCUGGCUACGAGUAUGUCCAGGCUCAGAUGGAAGUCAUUGUGUCUCAGCAACAAAUUUCCAACCUGCAAAAGCUGCUGGAUGAGUACGAGGAACAAGAGGCCAUCUAUGCUCUUGCCGAGUCCAUGCUCUAUGAUCGCGCCAUGGCUCUCAGAACCACUGUUGUGAUCUCCCUUAGAAACAUGGCAUGGGCUUAUCGCUACUGGGCCCUUGCUGAGAGUUCUAUUACUCUUGACUCCCGGAAGGCUCUCGUUGAGUACCAGCAAGACCUCUCCAUCAUCAUACAAGAGAUGGUGAAUGCCGAUUCACGAUAUUCCAGCGACUUUCAACCUUUCGAUUAUAACAUCGACUCUGAAGAUCUCCCUGCUGGAUAUGGGCAAUCCAUGAAAGACGGCAUCAAGGGGAAGAGCCACAUUGGCAGCUUCACACUUGCUCCGGAAAAGGGGCUCGCGAGUGAUUUCGACGAAGGCUCCCACUACCGUCUCGACGGGCUGAAUCCUACCCUGCUCGGAGUGCUCCCCAAUCCAAGCGCUCUCAAGGGCGGAGUGGUAGUGGUGAACUUGCGCAUCACCACUUCCGGAAUCUACGCAGACAUUGAAAAAGACAAGGUGUUCAGUUUCGCAAGUCUGCCUCAAUCUCGAAGAUGCUCGUACGAGCUGGAUGAAAACGGGAACAGAGGCAAAACUCGCGUCUACCCCGCCUUUGAGACGAAGGACCAUGCCGAGCCCACUCCGUUUACCCAGUGGAAGAUUGAGCUGUUGAACCCAGAGGACAUUCUUUUGGAUGGCUUCAAGGGAGUUGAUUUGCGGUUUACCGGGAAUGUUCGCUUUGAUGCUCAGCGUCGCAGGGCUGGGGUGAAGGACUCAGCGAAGAAGUAA